ACUGAGUUCCAUCCCCACGGCACAAAAAUAAUCCCCAAUCUCGAACGGAAGUCGGAACUGAUCUACACUGAACAAUGUACACUAAUCUUUUUUUUUUUUUUUUUUUUUUAACUGUAUGCCGGUAAGGACACGUUCAGUUAUCACAUAACGCCGUGCAAAAUAUCGCAUCUCGGGACAUCGAUGGGCCGUCGUACCGAUCCCACUGAAAAAUGUUUCGAAUGAUUUGACCCCCAAAUAAGAGAAGACUCGCAGUAUAAACAGCACACAGUAUGUGAUGUUCCGCUUACGCUUGAAUGCAACACUUGACGGACAGCUCCACUUAAAACCGAGUAUUAGACGGCUCCCGGGUCUACCUAAUGCAAUGUCCGGCUAGAGUCACCUCCCUUGUUUUCUUUCAUACAACGACAUGACAUACCGGAAACGUCCGCUAGAUGCACUGAAUGCAAAGGCGUGGAUUCCUUGCACUUUUUUUUUUUUUUUUUGUCCUCUCAGGGACAAAAAAAGGGGGUUAGCCUUCCCUUCCAUUGAGCCGAGAGGGACGGGCGGGGAAAUGUUUUAGCACGUUAGCAAGAUGUACAGCCGGCUGUCUUCUAAUUAUAGCCCGUCUUAUUUCUGCCUUUUGCAUUAUAGAUGCCCGUCCAGAUAGCGUGGGAAGGUCUCCGUAGAGGCUGAAUGCAACGUCUCCUCCUCCGCCUUCACCGCACUGGGCGCGUCGUGGCCGCACAACGCGGGGCGCGAUGCGGGAGUACAAGGUGGUGGUGCUCGGCAGCGGUGGCGUGGGCAAGUCGGCCCUGACCGUGCAGUUCGUCACCGGAACCUUCAUCGAGAAGUACGACCCGACCAUUGAGGAUUUUUACAGGAAGGAGAUCGAGGUGGACUCUUCUCCGUCAGUGCUGGAGAUCCUGGACACGGCCGGCACCGAGCAGUUCGCCUCCAUGCGGGACCUUUAUAUCAGGAACGGCCAGGGCUUCAUCCUGGUCUACAGUCUGGUCAACCAGCAGAGCUUCCAAGACAUCAAGCCUAUGAGGGAUCAGAUCAUCAGGGUCAAGAGUUAUCGAGAGUAUACAAAGCCUCACCUCCUUGGCUGGAUCAAGACACCGACUCAGCUGUCCUCACAGCCAGCUGAAUUGGCGGCGGCCGUUCUUCACACCAGCGAUGCAGAUCCACGAGUACACAACGCUGGUUGUGUGGCGGGCAUCUCCAAAGCAACGUGGAGCAACGCUAUUAUAACUAGCUGAUAUGUAAGAUGUGUAGGUAUGUCAAGACUAUCGAAAACUGACAAUUCUGUGUUUGUUCAUUUGAAGAAAUACAGUGUCCCCCUAUUAUUUGCAGGGCUUUUGUUCCUUACACCCCCCCCCCCAAUAACAAAAAUACACAAAUAAUGGAUGGACUAUUAACAUACCUAUAAAGAUAUUUACCAUAUUUUGGUAACCAUAGGAGGCACUUACAAGUCUUACAUUUUUUUCCAAAAUGAACAGCAUACCCAAUGUGUACCAUUGUUGUGUGACUUGUCCAAUGAAAUACACUUCAACACACUGGUUACACUGUUAGCAUCUAUGCCAGCAUGUGUUUUAUCUUGUAUGUAAGCUACAACCUGAAGGCAGAGAGGAACAAUUGCAUUUCACAUCUGUAACCAGAAGAAGCUUACGUUGUCCCUCACACUGCCUGCGUAGGCAGGUCAUUACUGACGAUGAUGUGCACACUCACGGGGUUACAUUGAAACUAAAUUAUCACACCACAGCAAACAGAAUAGCAUAACUAGCAAAUAAUAAAAUAAAGAAUGACUCAUGAAAUAAUUGACACAAAAAUGCAAUUUAAACACUAUUUACUUCCUCACAGCAUGCUUAGCGGCACUUAGUAUCAUCAUAUGGGAGCUUACAUACAUACUGAAACACAUGUAUGCUAACAAUGUAACCAGUGUGUUUAAGUGUACUUUGUUGGACAAUUCCCAAUACAACAUUUGCAAAUGUUGGCACGCCGUUUGCCCGGAGGUUGCACCACAUUGUAAGGCCCCAUGUCAAAUGUAAUGCCUCGUCUAUUUAGAAGAUAAUUUAGGACCUCUAUUAUUGUGAAAAUGUGGUACAUUUAAAAAAAAACACUUGUGCAAUAGGCGUGAACUGCGAAUGGCUAAGGGCACACUGUACCACCCAUGUGAUGGAAACCAAAAAAAAAAACAAAACAAAACAGAGCGACUGCAGUCAGUAUAGCCUGUCACACUGUUGCAAGCAUAAGUAGCAUUAGCAAUUAGUCACUACUAGCAGUGUGGCCACCAGGAACAAUAAUCAAUCCUGUCAUUAUUAUCCAGGUGGUUUGUAAAAUGUAAAAACUAGAGAUGAUGCACAUUUUAAAGUGGCAAAUAAUCUUGUAUGGUGCAUCGUAACUGGAGAGAGAUAAUGUUUACAAAUCGAGGGGACUAUUUUGUAUCUCCAAAAAAUACUCAGGACUUCAAAACAGAUAAACAAAUUGUUAUGAAGCCAAGCCCCAACGCUUAUAACUAUUAUACCAGAAAAAUAACUAAAAAUAAAAUUGAGUAAAAAUAUCCAUCCAUCCAUUUUCUUAGCCUCUUAUCGUCAAGGGUCACGGAAGUGCUAUCCCUAAACCAGCUGUCAAUGGGCAGGAGGUGGGGGGCACCUUUAACUGGUUGCCAGCCAAUCGCAGGGCACAUGGAGACAGACAACAGCCAUACUCACAAUCACACCAAUUUAGAGUCUCCAAUUAAUGCAUGUUUUGGGAAUGUGGGAGGAAAGCGGAGUGUCCAAUGAAAACCCACACAGGCACAGGGAGAACAUGCAAACUCUACACAGGCGGGGCUGGAACCCCAUUCCUCAGAACUGUAAGGCCAACGCUUUCCAGCUGCACCACCAUGCCGCCCUGAGUAAAAAUAAUAAAAAAAAAAAAAAAAAACAACUACAACGGUAUUUUACCUUUGCAAAACUAACUAAAACUCAUAAAUAAUUGUGACAAAAAUAUGAUUGAUUUUCAUUUUUGUCAAUAUCAAAGCAGGUUUUUAUUUAUUUUGUAUAAAUACAAAUGUAGAACUGAUAUGAAAAGAGGCCAACAGUCUUUUUGUAAGUAGCUCACUUACUGAGCGUCGCUUAGAAGCGACACCAUUGGGCAGCGCUAUCAUAUUGACAGCUCGCCAGCAAGUUUUGCCACGAACUUAACUUACAUCCAACCUCUUGUGUCGUGGACACAAGGCACUGGGCUGGACCCAAAAGCAGGACUGCCAGGCAAAGGCAUGGUCUUGAGGGUGGUUUUAUUGCAGUCUAAGGUUAUACACACGUAAGCGGUCCAAAAUGGGCGGAGGCGCAAAAAUGUGAGACUAGAGGCAAGGUCCAAAAUCAUGAAACAAAGUCUGAUGACUAUGAGGCAAAACUUGAAAACAUGAACAAAUAAAAGACUUGCCUAUGACGGCACAGAGGCGCUGUAACAAAGGGAAGCAUUACAAAACGCUUGUGUACUCACGCACUCUAAAGAAGUGUCCAACACAGUAACACAGUGCAACGAACUGGCGAAUGCUGAUGACACAUUCAAACCUUAAAUGCCUGGUCUAAUCAGUGUCCAAUACAGAGCACCUGUGCAGACGUGAUUUUUCUGUUUAUAGGCGGAAUUCCGUCUUUUUAAAUUGCAUUGAUAAAAAAUAUAUUUAUUCUCCAUUUUUCUGUAAUAUUCCAACCGAAACACGUGCCAGAUUCUACACUUGUUCAUAUUCCGGUCUGACUUUUACGAGCAAGGUGGGAGAUUAGAUACACGUCUGUUUAUUCGUCAAAUGUGUUCCUCCUGACCAAUGAAAAUGUGUGUUGUAUACGAGGCAGAUCAUGGGGCCAUUUUCAAGUGAACACGAUGACGGUGCUCAAGAGGAAAGAUGCCUCUCGAGUGAAAGAAAUUGAUAGAUAUGUCAAAAAUAAGUUCCUAUGGGAUUGGAUGGAAUGAGAAAUCGUAGAUACAGUUGGAAAGAAGGAAGUUACCACUCUGUUAAGCAACUUCAUUCGCAAAAUCAAUUGACCUGGUAAAGGAUUGUGCACGUGGUGUCAGGAUACUAUUGACUAUGGAUCAAGAAGUUUCAAGGCAUUGGAAGUUCACGCAAAACGACAAAAAUACAUCAAGAGACUGAAAGCAACGAUAACGAACUUUUCCAUAGCGUGUCCAUUAAGAUAUCAACCCAAGGCCAACAACCAACCCCAGUUGCAGACAGGGUCAUCAAUAACGAGGUUAGACUUCCGAAGCAAUUACAAAUGUCUGUAUUAUUUACUGAUAAUGACACAUGACGUUAAUAAUUGUUGUCGAAUUCAUGCAUUUUAAUUGUUUACCAAAACAAGAAAUUUAAAUGUUUUUGAAUGGAUAUGAUAUACACGCUAUGAAAGCAUGUUUGCAUGCAAUGAUACCAAUCUGAAUUCAAUUUAACGAAGUAAACUGUUGAAUUUGUAUUUUAAUUUAUAAUUUUGGAGGGGUAAAGGUAUGCACCUAAAUAAUGAACGAUCAUUGUGUACAUUUUGAAAACAGAAUAGCAUUUAUUUAUAGAUGUACUAGAUGUAUUUCAUUCAUAAUACAAUUUAUAAAACUUGCACGUUAAAAUUGGUGAUCAUCCUUUGAUCAUUCUUGCAGCCCCCAAACCUCCGGCUAAUUUUCAGUCUUUUUUCAUUCAGUCAAAUCAUGUCUGCUGUGGGACAGCUGUCAGAAGCGGUACUACCCAGGGCAGUGAUUUGGCCAUGCCUCUCGCAGGCAGCACCGCAUAGGGCAGUGGCUUGGGCAUGCCCCUAACACUCGUUUGUUGCUACGUUGUUAAUGGAAGCGAAUCAGACGGCUACUGACUGGCUAGUUCCUUCACAGAACCUGCAUGUCGCUUAUUGGGAUUUUAGUGUCACGAUGCGGGGCUCAAGGGUGGACCCAAAUGCACAACUCCAGAGACAGCAGACAGUACAGAGAAAACCUUUAUUCGGUCCGAGGUCUGAGAUCAGGUAGACAGUCCAAACAAUUCGUAGUACCAGUACGAAUGGGCUUACGAGGGUGGUCAAUGAACAGGCGUGGGUCGGUGCACGGAGGUCAGAAGUCGAGAAAGCAGGAGUGCGGGAACGAGGCAUGAAGAGCAACGAUCUAGCAGCGUAAUAGUCGUCCCCCGGGUCCUAUAUGUAGUGGGUCUAAUCAAAGGUCAUGAGGCGCAGGUGUGCACCUUCAGAUUAGCUGGCCACGCCCAGCCCUGGCUGGAAUCCAGGAGCAUGACAUUUAGGAAAAAUCUCAGAGAAACAGACAACUGGCUAGAACAGGGAUAUCAAACAUAUAGUCCACAGGGCAGAAUCGCCCCAUUGGAGAGGCUCAUCCGGCAUGUGGGGAUGCAGACCAGAUGCCCUGCUAUUUUUGUUUUUGUUGAAAAAUUCCAAAUUGUUCAUAUGAUUUGCAGCAAUAAAGAAUAACUCGGCACCCUUUGCACACUGCUCGUUGCACUGGACAAUUGCUCCAUUACGCAUUCAAACUCCACUAAUUACAACCCCCCCCCCCAAAAAAAAAAAAAAAGUGUAUGAUAAUUGCCAGAUUACUAACAACCUUUUAUUGCUCCAUGACAGUUCUAACAAUGACUUUUUGUUUCAAAAGUAUUCUCUGUCAAUUGACUCACUUACUAGAGUAGCUCCAACUACGUACCAGAGACAUUUCCUUGUGUGUUUUUGACAUACCUGGGAAUAAAGAUGAUUCCGAUUCUGAACUGAAUACUUUCCAAAAGUACUUGUAAUUAUUUGCACCAAAACAAUGGGUAAAAUUUGGAAUAGUUGUUAUAUAUGGAUUUUUUAAACCACAAAUACUGUGGUUCGGCCCUCUUGCUAUUCAAUUGGGGUAAAUGUGGCCCACAAAUAAAAUUAGUUUGACUCCACUGGCCAACCAAAAGUAUGCUGUUUCCCGCCAUGAAAAGCAGAUGAGGAGUUUGUCUCGCUACCAUGGUGGGUGAUUGAACUACUGCCACUACUGCAAAGAAGCCUUCAGCAACAGCAGGAAAACUUGAAAAGGUUUGUCAAUAAUUGUGGACCGAACAAAAAACUCAAACUGGAUGCCCUUUAACUGGAGAUAGAGCAAGUAAAAAGCAAGUUUAUUUUUUCAAUCUGUCCAUCUAACAAUCGACUUGAGAAGUUUGCAAUUUAGCAACAAGGAAGUGAAAAUGUGCAAAUAAGAGUAAAAGAUUUUUUUAAUAGGCCAUACUGUAGCAUGUGUCUGAUGAAUGGUUUUACUGUACGUUGUGAUGCAUCUAAUCUAACCCUAGUAACAGUAGGAUACAUUUUAAAUUCUCUGGACUGUUAAACAGUAAGUAGAUUUGAUUUGAUUUGGGGAUGGUUGUUCAUCUGUUUGAAUUUAAAUAUCUAUUGUCAUGAUGAUAUUGAGUUUUUAAUUACGCAAUACUUUAGUAAUAGUGGAACCAAUGAAAACUGAACUAAAACAAAGCAUUUAAAAAAAUUUUAACUAACAAACCUGCUCUAAAAAUGAAUUCACGCAAACAAUUAAAAAGAGAAAAGUCAAAAAUGAAAUGAAAGCUAACUAUAAUAGAAAAUCCAUGUUAUAAUUUUCUACAUUCGCUGCAAUGUUGAGUGAAAAGUGUUUUUAUACUUUUCUAUAUAUUUUUUAUUUGCAUGUUGUAAUUAUUGACUUUAAAGAAUGUUUUAACAAAAGACAAGAAAAUGUUAAACUACAAUAACUUAUGUAGUUUUCAGUAAAGAUGCUUUAAAAGUGGCUAUUUAAGCAAGUUAAAAACAAUAUGAAAGAAUUGUGAUAAUAAUCACUAUCGGGCAACAUGAAAGUGAAUCAUGAUCUUAAUUCACAACAAAUAAAUGUAAUGGGUUUGACAGUACAAGUUGAAAACAUUCAGAAAAUCUCAUACCUCAAACAGCAUAGCAGUUUUACUUAGCAAAAUCCAAACGUUUUUUUUUUUUUUUUUUUUUUAAAGAAAAACAUUAACAGCUUUGAAUUUCCAGGCUCCUUGAAAGUCCUUUAAAAGUGUUCAAUGAAGAUGAUUAAAUAGAAGCUCACGUGCCAGGGAGUAUGAUCACACGGAGUCUGGAAUGCUGACACAAGGAUUGUGUCAGUAAAAGGGACCCCACAAUUAAUGGAUAUUGUAUACAACUUUGUUUUUUCUUAUUGCUAUUCUUUUACAUUCCUGUGAUUUCUAUCAGUUUGCAUCCAACAUAAAUGUGUAAAAUCCUUCCAUCCAUCCUUUUUCUUAGCCGCUUAUCCUCACAAGGGUCACGAGAUUGCUGGAGCCUAUCCCACCUGUCAACGGACAAGAGGCAGGGUACACCCUCAAUUGGUUGCCAGCCAAUCGCAGGGCACAUAGUGAAAAACAGCCGCACUCACGAUCACACCUAGGGGCAAUUUAGAGUGUCCAAUUAAUGUUGCAUGUUUUUUGGGUUGUGGGAGGAAACCGGAGUGCCUGGAGAAAACCCACAUAGGCACGGGCAGAACAUGUAAACUCCACACAGGGAGGACCGGGAUUGAACCCGGGUCCUCAGAAUUUAAAAAAAAAACUUUUUUAAAAAAAUUUCAAUCCUGAGGUGCACGACCUUCACAUAAUGCAUUUUAAAAAGAAAACACAAAGAGGAUGAAAGUUGUAGCUACUGUAUAUUAAUAGAAGCAGGACAUUUAGGCCAUCCAUAAGCCACUAGUGCAUUUCUAAAAAGACAACACAAGCAUUCCAGUUAAAUGAAGUUGAUCUGUGAUGAACAUGGUAGAUGAGACCCCUGCGAGGCAGAACAGUCCAUCAUGCAGCCCAUCAUGGCAACAAACAAGUGCAGCAAGCUCUCCGCCUGCUUCACCAAGGAGAACCCGCCACUCCCUGUGUCUUUGUAGAUAUAUAUAGAGUUUCUCCUGCGAGACUGUCACAUUGCAUUUGCCCACGUGGCUCUCUCCGUGUUCACACCCUCGCUGCACAAACAGGUCAGAUGACAAGCUUGUCCAUGCCACCUCUUCCUUCCUUUCUGAAGGGUGGGCCUUGCUUGGCAUGUUUUCUGCCUGCAGUCAGUCCUUCCAGCAUCUCAUGCAGCUAAGAGCUUUAAAUCUGAAGUCCAGGUACUGCACUUGCGGUGGACACUACCUGGAAGAGAUUUUCAUUGCUAUCCAUCUAAGGGUACAUAACGAAUUGGUAGACAUUGGUAUCAUAACUGCUGAUGUCUUAAUAAAUGUGCCUCCCAUCAGAUAUAGCCAUUAUAGCUCACUGCUACUGGAUGUAAUUAAAAGUAUUAUUCUUGUAAGUCAAUUUAAAUGUUGUGGGACUACUUUUUCAGUGCUGAUCAUCAGACCAGAGUGAGCAAAACUGUGGCUGCAGUUGAUGCGAGUUGAACUGUGUAAAGCAGAACAAAGGACAUUAUGAAACAUGGCUGGUACUACAAAUAGUGCUGACAUUGCAGAUUCUUCAAGCUGAUUUCGGUCGGUAGCAUUUCGGCUACCUGGUUGAAAGCAGGGAUGGAAAUCGCGUCAUCGUCAAGACCAAGACUAUUUCCCGAAACAGCUUAAAAAAAUGUCCCCAAAGUUCGGUGAACUUGGUACUAAACCCAAGAUGUUUAAGCUUUGUGGUCAGGUGCUGUAAGCAAUGUAACACAUGGAUCUUAAAUAUGAUAUAUACAUACUAUAUCAUCACUGCAUGGGAUGACCGAGCUCUGCAGACAGUUGUCUUGGUAACAGAAGUGGUACUCUUCAUUUUCAUGCAACAUAGCCUAAAACGCCAUAUCAGAAUGACUGCUUUUCAAGAAGACAAGUGGAUGUCAAGCAUGUUGGAAUUAUUUAUCUUUUAUAUAUUUUGACAGAACAAUGUCAAAGACCUUUUCUUUUUAAAACAGACAAGUGUUUUGAAUGGGGGGGUGAAACAUGGCAUUGCUUCUUUUAAGAUGUAUUAAAAUUGCUCUUAAUACGU